AACUUUUAUGCCAGAUUUUGUAUGCCAAUUUAAUCGAUGUUACGAAUGAAUACUCCUACCUUUGUUGUGGUUAAUUUGAUAAUUUAUUCGUAAAAUGACUUCGAUUGGCCUUGUACAGGCAAGAAUUGUGAUCCUAGGCAAAUAGUGUACUUGUUCAAGAUGAGCCACUUAAAGAGUUGAGCUACGACUGAAUCUCAUGAUUUGUGUUGCCCUGUUAAUAGUUUGGGGCUAACUAAUCUACUAUAUGGUUUGUCUGGCUGCCGUAACUUAGUAGUACUUUAUUGUGAUCACCGAACCAUUAUUGAAAAUGGCAAGUAAUUUAUCUGAUGAGAAGCACAUCCUUUUGUUAAAAAUCGAAAGAAAGGUUUUUCAACACCAAGAACAGUUUGAUGACAAUUUCCAGAAAACUGAAACACCACCUGUUAAAAAUAGUGGAAAGCUUCACCAAUUCAAGACUAGUUGUUUUGAUCACUAUACAGCGAUGUUGUCGAGAGAUUUUUGGGAUGGAUUGUUUCCAAUCAUAAAUUGGAUGUCCAAGUACUCAUGGAAGGAACAGUUUUUGGGUGAUUUCAUGGCAGGUUGCACAGUUGCAAUCAUGCACAUACCUCAAGGCAUGGGAUAUGCUCUUUUAGGUGGUGUUUCACCUAUAGUUGGCUUGUACAUGGCUUUUUUCCCUGUAUUAGUUUAUGUGUGCCUUGGAACUUCUCAUCAUAUAUCACUUGGUACCUUUGCCGUGACUACUUUGAUGACUGGUAAAAUUGUAGACCAGUAUAGUAAUCCUGAAAUAGCCAAUGUUUCAAGUGGACCUUUAUUGAAAACUGAAAACAUUAGCAGUAAUCACUUUACUAGUCUGGAAGUGGCAACUGCAGUGUGUCUUAUGGUUGGACUCUGGCAAAUUUUAAUGGGCAUUCUCAGGUUAGGAGUUUUGGGAAUAAUCUUGUCAGACCACCUCGUUAGUGGAUUUACAACAGCUGCUGCAAUUCACGUUGUCGUCUCCCAAACGAAAAACCUGUUGGGAUUAAAGAUACCUCGAUUCAAUGGACCAUUUAGGCUUAUUCGUUCGGUAAUCGCAAUAUUUGGUGCCCUUCCUUCAGCCAAUCCUGCAGAAGUUAUUACGUCUUGCAUCGCGAUAACCGUAAUGGCCGUUCACAACGACUGGUUCAAGCCCUGGUAUGGAAAGAAAAUCAAAUUUCCUAUUCCAACCGAACUUUUUAUCCUGGUAAUUGGAACGAUAGCUUCGCAUUUUGGUGAUUUGACAAGCAACUAUGAUAUUAAAACUCUCAAUCAUAUCCCAACUGGAUUCCCCGAACCACGGGUUCCACCGUACGAAUUAUUACCUCGGAUCAUGAUAGACACUAUUGCCGUCGCCAUCGUAGCCUAUGCUGUGAGCUUGUCUAUGGCCAAAAUCUUUGCCCGUAAACGAGGAUACGAAAUUUCAAAUAAUCAAGAAUUGCUAGCCCAGGGGACAGCCAAUAUCGUGGGCUCUUUUUUCUCCUGUAUGCCAGUUUCGGCAUCCCUUUCUCGAAGCAUGUUACAAGAAUCUGUUGGAGGAGAAACUCAACUAGCCAGCGUCGUUUCCUGUUUUUUCUUACUGAUCAUCCUUCUUUGGAUUGGUCCGUUUUUCGAGUCUCUGCCAUUAGCCGUCCUAUCCUCUGUCAUUGUCGUUGCUCUUAAAGGAAUGUUUGUACAAUUUCGAGAUUUCACGUCUACACUGAAAUCCUCACCGUUAGACUCGGCUGUCUGGAUGGCUACAUUCUUAGCAGUCGUCAUUGUGGAUAUUGAUAUUGGGCUUGGCUUGGGAAUUGUCGCUUCAAUUUCGGUUCUAAUCUAUCGUGGACAUCGCCCAUAUGCUGCAACUCUCGGUCAUUUACACGGCACUGAAAUGCAUGUCGACAUAAAAUAUUUCCCAUCCGCCGUAGAGGUUCCCGGAAUCAAGAUAUUCCGCUGGGCUGGGGCCAUUCAUUUUUCCAAUGCCGAAACUUUCCGGCAUGUGGUAGAAAGUCAUUUGGAUCCUUACAAAUCUGCCACAUUGACAUCAGGAAUCGCCUCAGCCGCAGAGAAAGAGUCAUUAAGUAUCCAAGCAGCGCAUGUAAAAUACGGGACACUGGACCCGCUUGCCAGCACUUCGCUAAACAGCGGAGCAAUAUUGACACCGGACGUCUCAGUCGUGAUUAUCGAGUACCUGAUCCUCGACUGCUCUGCCAUGUCGUACGUCGAUCUUAGUGGUACAAAAGUCUUAUCGUCUCUGCACAACGACCUGAUGAACAAUCGAGGUAUUACCUUAAUUUUGGCCAACUGUUCUGAACCGUUGAUCAAACAGCUUGAUCGCUGUAACUAUUUUCAAACGUUUCCUAAGUCACAGAUCUAUCCUUCAAUCAUGGAUGCAGUCAUGACAAUCGAAAGUUCAAAUCAAUUUGCAUUUGAGGGUUCCAUUAAUUCUCCAAUAGUUCCCUAGUCAUUAAGUUACUAUAUCAAACGUGACAAUUAGGCAUUGUAGACAUAAAAUUGGAGAAUUUCACGAACCUGUCAUAGGUAUUACUAGUAUAGUAGGUAUUACACAUUUUGUUUGUUGUCUUGUUCCCAUCGGUUGUGCCAUCUCUUAUUCACCAAAGACUUGUCUUUUCAAGCCCUAGAUACAAAUGCCAUAUUGUGAGUGCACAUGUACCGUAUUUUCUGGAAAGACGUAUUUUAAAAAUUCAGUUUAACAUCUAGAAAAUGAUUAACGAUGCGCUAUAGUUUACUCGCAUAAAACAAUUAUCAAUGUUGAUUUUUGGGAAAUG